AUAAAAUGUCCACCACAAUGCUUGCAACAGUGACCCAGACCCCAGCAGAGGGACCACAGUUAUUGCUGGAAUUUAGACUGGAUCUGGAGUUUGCAACGGUCCUCACAGAUUCCUCCUCAACACAGUACAUACAUUUGAAAAAUCAAGUUGAAGAGCAGCUGGAUUCCAUCUAUAAAAAGCAGUAUGGGGACACAUUUGAUCACACUGAGGUCCAGCGUUUUAGGCAAGGAUCAGUGAUUGUGGACGCUGUGCUGGUGUUCAAUAACAUAAACACUGUCCCUGGAACCAGCGAUGUGGCAACGACCUUAAAAAACGCUGCCUCCUCAGACUCUUCUGGCUUAACUCUCCCUAUAGACCCCGCUAGCAUAGUGGUUUCAGUGGCUACUCAGACUACUGCAGAAGGUACAACACCUACGGUAACUACAGAACAUGGACUCCAGACUACAGAACACUCAAGUCAGACUGCGCAAACAACAGUGGGACAAGCUGGUCAGACUGCAUCAGCAACUGCAGGAGCCACUACAAUGUCAAAUAUAAGCCCUUUAACGUUGACCUCUGACUCUACCACAUCACCAUCGAUUCUUGUAACCUCAACUAAGGAAACAGCAAAGGUCACUACACAACCUGAAACAACUACAAAACAUGGAACAUUGAGGACAAACCCCACAAGAACUUCUCAACCUGCAACAGAAACCACAAGCCCUUUUCCAUUGAUGACAAAGAGUACAACAUUGAUGACGGACUCUGCAUCAUCAAACACAAGACUUGGAACAUCAACCACAAUCACUGGAUUGCUCAGUAUCUACCAACCCACAUCGACCGAUAUCCCUCAGACAUCAACCACAAACCCUACAACACUGACCCUAAGCUCUACCACACUGGCAGAGAGCCCAACUGUAGCAGUCUCUGAUGCUAUGACAUCUGAAUCAAGUUCUGUAAAAUCAACUAAAACAACUGGAAUGUUCACGACAAGCUUUGCAACAGGAACUGCAAAUCCUGAAUCAUCGGCCACAAACCCCAUGACCACAGUGACACUACCUAAAAUAUCAACCACAGCCUCUGUAUCAUCAAUAACAAGCCCUGUAACAUCAACGACAAAGCUUGAAACAUUGACCACAAAUUCUGCAACACUGACUAUAAACCCUGUAACACCAACCUCUCUCCCAGACACAUCCAUAUUAAGUCCUGUAACAUCAUCUACAACGUUCAUGACAAAGUCUGCAACAUUGAGUACCAACACUGAAAUGGUGACCACAAACCGUAUGUCAACAUCUCUCAAGAACACUCCUACUUUCUCUACAAACAUUGCAACAGUGACUGAAAUCCCGACAACACAGACUAGGAACCCAGCAACACUGACCCAAAGGCCGACAACACCUACCAUAAGCCAAACUGUAUUAGUCUCUGAUGACGUGACAUCCCAAUCAAGUCUUGCAACAUCAACUAUCAAAUUUCCAUCAUCAACUACAAACUCUGAUAUAGUGACUUCAAUCCCUGAAAUAUCAACAACAAACUUCCAAACACAAACAGCAGAAACUAAAAUAUCAACCCAAGACUUAGCAGUAUCAACAACAAGUCCUGUAACCUCAGCCAGAAUGUCUUCAGCAUUAAUCACAAACACUGCUACCUUGAGCACAGAACCUGCAACGUCAAAUAUAAGCCCUUUAAUGUUGACCUCUGACUCUACCACAUCACCAUCGAUUCUUGUAACCUCAACUAAGGAAACAGCAAAGGUCACUACACAACCUGAAACAACUACAAAACAUGGAACAUUGAGGACAAACCCCACAAGAACUUCUCAACCUGCAACAGAAACCACAAGCCCUUUUCCAUUAAUGACAAAGAACAUCAACCACAAACCCUACAACACUGACCCUAAGCUCUACCACACUGGCAGAGAGCCCAACUGUAGCAGUCUCUGA